GAGGAAUCCAAGAUGAAUUUGGAGCAGGAGAGGCCGUUUGUCUGCAGUGCCCCGGGCUGCUCUCAGCGCUUCCCAACAGAGGACCAUCUGAUGAUUCAUAGGCACAAGCAUGAAAUGACUUUGAAGUUUCCCUCAAUAAAAACAGACAAUAUGUUAUCAGAUCAGACUCCGACCCCAACGAGAUUCCUGAAGAACUGUGAGGAAGUGGGGCUCUUCAAUGAGCUGGACUGCUCCCUUGAGCAUGAGUUCAGGAAGGCUCAGGAGGAGGAGAGCAGCAAGCGGAAUAUCUCGAUGCAUAACACAGUUGGUGGGGCCAUGGCGGGGCCCGGAGCUCACCAGCUUGGCAGCACCCGGAUGCCCAACCAUGACACCAGCGUUGUGAUUCAGCAAGCCAUGCCGUCACCCCAGUCCAGCUCUGUCAUCACCCAGGCACCUUCUACCAACCGCCAGAUCGGGCCUGUCCCAGGCUCUCUAUCUUCUCUGCUACAUCUCCACAACAGACAGAGACAGCCCAUGCCAGCCUCCAUGCCUGGGACCCUGCCCAACCCAACGAUGCCAGGAUCUUCUGCCGUCUUGAUGCCAAUGGAGAGACAGAUGUCCGUGAACUCCAGCCUCCUGGGAAUGCAAGGUCCAAAUCUCAGCAACCCCUGCGCUUCUCCCCAGGUCCAGCCAAUGCAUUCAGAAGCCAAAAUGAGGUUGAAGGCCGCGUUGACUCACCACCCAGCUGCCAUGUCAAAUGGGAAUAUGAACACCAUGGGACACAUGAUGGAAAUGAUGGGCUCCCGGCAGGACCAGACGCCACACCACCACAUGCACUCACACCCGCAUCAGCACCAGACACUGCCAGCCCAUCACCCGUACCCACACCAGCACCAGCACCCAGCACACCAUCCUCACCCUCAACCCCAUCACCAGCAGAACCACCCACAUCAUCACUCCCACUCCCACCUUCACGCACACCCUGCACAUCACCAGACCUCGCCACACCCACCCCUGCACUCCGGCAACCAAGCACAGGUCUCACCAGCGACACAACAGAUGCAGCCAACCCAGACAAUACAGCCACCCCAGCCCACAGGGGGGCGCCGGCGAAGGGUGGUGGACGAGGAUCCCGAUGAGAGGCGGAGGAAAUUUCUGGAACGGAACCGGGCAGCUGCCACCCGCUGCAGACAGAAGAGGAAGGUCUGGGUGAUGUCACUGGAAAAGAAAGCAGAAGAACUCACCCAGACAAACAUGCAGCUUCAGAAUGAAGUGUCCAUGUUGAAAAAUGAGGUGGCACAGCUGAAACAGUUGUUGUUAACGCAUAAAGACUGUCCAAUAACAGCCAUGCAGAAAGAAUCACAAGGAUAUCUAAGUCCGGAGAGCAGCCCUCCUGCCAGCCCCGUCCCAGCUUGCUCUCAGCAGCAGGUCAUCCAACAUAAUACCAUCACCACUUCCUCCGCAGUGAGCGAGGUGGUGGGAAGCUCCACCCUCAGUCAGCUUACCACUCACAGAACAGACCUGAAUCCCAUCCUUUAAAAUCCGCCGGUGGGUCAGACCUUGCCUCCAAGAAGAGCUGUCGCAUAUCAUGCGUCCUUUCUUUUAAGGGCAUUUUUAGAAUUAACUCAGACCUGGAAGACUCCUCAGCCCUUCAGAGACUGGCUUUCAUUUUUAUAGUUAUUAUGGAAAUGUCGUCUUUUAUACUUAGUUAUAUAAGAAAAAAAGGGAGUUAUGCAAUUAAUUAAUCUAUCAGCUUGGGAAAUGCUUUGGUGCUUUUCUCCAAUUUUCUGGUACCAGUUAACUUGUUUAUAAACUGAACUCUUUCUGUAUAUAGACACAGUUUCAUUCUUACCAGUCCAGCCCUUUGCCUGAAACAUUGACUCUUGUUAAACCGCCGCUUUUAGCCAAAAUGAGGCAUACCUAGAUGUCACGUAAACAGAUGCGAGGUAACUGGGUGGUGAGUCUGAUGACACCGUAACACACGUUGAGUUUGAGCUGUGAUGUCGCCAGAGUUCCAGAUAAACACAGAGCCUUUUCCAUAUAUUUUUCUCUUCCUAAAAAAAUUAUAAGAUCUGCUGACGUCCAAAUAAAACCACCGAGCAUCUCGCCCCUUCUCCUCUUCCUCUUGGUCCACUUCCUCAAAUUGUCCUCUAAUUUCCUCCAGUCUUCCUUUCCAUUGCCACUUUUUCCUAGGCUCCCUGUGUACUCUUCAUUUUUACUUUCUUCCGUUUUAUUUUUCCCCCUUUAGCAUUGCGGGUAAAGAAGAAAAUAAUGCUUAAAGGAAAAAGAAAAGAAAUCUCAAAAAUAUGGAUCUAGCCAUUGCUUUUCUUGCCUGUAACCCACAGCUGGAGUUCAUUCACCUCUUGCUCUUUACAAAAUGGUAAGCAGGAGAUGUUUAAUGUGCCUGAUUUAAGGUUUCUAAUAAUCAGAGCAAAUAAAAGGUGGCUUAGCCGUAGGUGAGGCACCGUUGAAAGCCAGCUGUGGAGACACCAGGGAAGGGAGCCUUGGAAGCCUCGAUUGUGAAGGUCCAGAUUAUGCGGGCUAUCACACCACACCCUCGAAUUACAACUGGUUUUAUAUGGCCUGUCUAUAAGGUUGAAAAUCCAUAUACUAUAUAAUAAUUCAGAAGGGCUCUAUUCACUACACAGAUUACAUUGUUCAAUCAUCAGCUGCUAAUAGACUAAGAUUCAUUAUUUUUUUUCUUAAGCCUAUGGAACUGGCUUUGCUGUUCUGGUGGAUGAAAGUAGACACACCACUGGAGGAACAAAGAGAGAAAGAAAACCUAAUGUUUCCAUAGGGGUGCUUUCAGCCCUCCCAGAACAGCCAAAGCCUUCUUUGGCUGCUGAAAGAAUCCCAUGGAUGUGGCUACUCCACUCUUCUGAAUAAUUCUGAUUUAUAUUUCCAACAACUUUCAUCGAUUCGCCCAUUAUGGAAAGCAUAUAGUCCCGAACCACAGUUGUGCCUCCUUGAAACAAGCCAUUCUACUGUGCUAAUGUUUUAAUAUCACAUCUCGCAAGUAACAGGGGCUAAUGUUUCCCUCUAGCAGUCUAGACAGGUGCUGGUGUUUCAUCUCCAUUUGAAUGCUUGACCUCCUAACAUGAGUGUGUGUGUGUGUGUGUGUGUGUGCACGCAUGCACGCACACACACGCACACACAUUCAUGGGAUUUAAAAUAAUAGUAUUUUACAAAAGGUGUAGCUUUUAUAAGAGUUCAAGAAAGGGAAAGACAUGUAUGGGUGUGUGUCUAUGUGUUUAUCUCUCACUAUAGCAUAAGAAUCUAUUUUGGAGAAAAAAGAAAAUAUGAGGGUCGUGAAGCAUGAUUUUUAUAACUAGUUUCAGUUUUAUCUAAAAAGUUACUUUUUAAAUCAGUAUUUAUCAACAGUUUUUUUUUUAAAUGUAUGCAGUGCUUUCAAAAAAAAGUUUUGAGUUUCCAGGGAAACUCAUGACUGGCUUUGUGGUCUAGAAAUCAAAACAAAAACAAAAACAAAACAAACACACACACACAAACAAAAAAACAAAAAAAAUU